UGCAGAUCACACACUCUCUUGUUUCUGGAUUCCAAAACUGUCUUUAGUUCAUUUUUUGAUGAGGAGGAGAAUAGGUGGCUGCAGAAAAUAGACAGAUGUUUUUGGAUGACAGGAAAGAGCUGACUUUUGGGGUUUUUUUGUUGUUUUUUUAACCUGUGAAGAUGGACCUUUGGUCUCUUAGACUGCAGCUUUCUACUUGGACAGUUAUGAGCCUCCUCUGUGUCUCUUCUCAUAAAGUGACAGUGAGGUACUCUGAUUUGAAGCAUUGUGAGAAUGAUGACAAAGUGUGUGUCACUGACCUCAGAGACUGUGGGCCUCGACCAAGCACAUCCAUACUGGAGACCCUGAACAUGUCUUGUUACUACCAACAAGAACCACCCAGGUCCAUGACAUGUGAGUGGAGUCAGUCUGACAGCCUCACUGAGUCUGACGCCUCUCUGAUCUUCAAGAAGGAUGAAAUCAUCUCCUGUUGGGGCAUCUUCAGCGUGUCAGCCUUCCUCAAUGUGACAGUCAGGAUGAAAAACUACCUGAUGGGGAGAGAGAUCUGGUCCCACCCUCAUUCUGGUUUUCUGUCUGAUAUAGCCAAACCCCGGCAGCUUGUUCUAACUGUACGUGGCUCCACUGAGGACUCCGUCAGCGUGUCUUGGACCACAAGAAGUGACGGCAGCUGUCGGCUUCGUUACAGAGUCGACAAUCACACGUGGACUCAGGCUUCAGAUUCGAUCCCUGCACUUCGACAACAGAUGCUGGUCCACACGAUCAAAGACCUCCAGCCGUUUACCGUCUACACGUUCUCUGUGGCCUGCAGGAUGGAGUUCGGCAUCUGGAGCGACUGGAGCUCUGACGUCACUGCGAGGACGCUGGAAAGAGCUCCCUCCAGACCUCCAGAGGUUUGUUACAGAGUGGAGAAAACAGACUCUGGUAAAGCUACUCUCCUGCAUCUCAUGUGGAAGGAUCUUGACCACCAUGAAGCCGGAGGUCGUAUCCUAGGAUACCAGGUGAGCUACGAGCAGGUGAAGACGCCGCCUGUUCAGAACAGACGGAUUCAAAACAUCACAGGGGUGACGGCGCCCCUAGUGGUGGACGAUGGGAACUACAGCGUCACGGUAACGGCCUUCAACGAGGCCGGAUACGGACCUGCUGCACAUCUCAGCAUCGACACACGCAGACAGAGAACCGUACCCUCCGUCAGAAACUUGUGGGUCUUUACUUCUUUCCCGGCUGUCAAAGACCUCCGGGUCCAGUGGGAGGUCCCUGAACGCCCCGUCAGUCAUUUUACUGUCCAGUGGUUUCCGGAGACGCGUCCGUCUAACCGCCGCUGGAGCAGAGUGAGUGCCUCCAACACCUCCACUGUCAUUAAAGAUGUCGACCCUGAUGAGUCCUACAUGAUCAGCGUGUUCCCAGUCUACGAGCAGCAGUGUGGAGCUCCUCAGUCUCUGCCUGCCAGUCUGCAGCAGGGAGCUCUGAUGGAAGCCGUCCGACUGGAAGUGAUGGACGUCACCAAGACGACGGUGACGGCUGGAUGGGCGUGGCAGAGGAAGAGAAAGAACGGACGAAUCAGAGUGAACAGAUACACUCUGACGCUGAAGAGAGACGCAGAAACACAAACCCUGUUGAUAUCUGCAGACAGGUCUCAGCACACUUUCCUCCAGCUGGAGCCAAACACUGAAUAUUCCCUCCAGCUUUCCUCUGAUGACGUUUCCAGAGACAUCAUCCACUUCAGGACCAACUUCAAUGAAGUCCCGGUGGUUGCUACGGUUACUCCUCUGCUGCUGCUGGCUGUCGCUGCGUUCAUCAUCUCCAUCCUGUCCAGGACUGUGUACAAGUCGUACUUCUUCCCGCCCAUCUCCAGUCCUCGGGGCAGUACGACCGGCCAGUGGCUGAUGGACCCACAUCUCCAGAGAACAGCUGACAGGAAUAUUCUGGACAUCGAGGACUUCCAGGUGAAAGACGUGCUUGGAGAGAAAAGUCUCAUCAUCAUCGGCCCGAAGUCUUCAUCCACCACAGAAGAAGAAGAAGACUACGACGAAGACAAACCCGGUCUGUCUCUCAGUCACCUGAUCAUCGAGCUGGACCUGAACUACGUCACAAACACAGAGCCUCCUCCGCUGCAGCCUCCUCCUCCUCCGGUCUCUCUGCUGUCCCUCCAUCCCGACUACGCCGUGAACUGCCGCGACCCCGACGCCUCGUCCACGCCCGAGCAGAGCGGAGAGGUCGACCGGCAGACGCGACGAGUCAACGGCUGCUUUCCACAGAAAGAGGAAGAGAGCAGGCCGGUUUGUCACGUGUCACAUCCGGAGGGAACUGCUGUCAACGCUCACUUUCAUGAACUCAUGAGAGCUAAUGCAGACAGUUGUUUUUAUCAGAUGACCUGCGAGGACGAGUAUGUGGUUAACUGUUCCUUUCUGGGGAAGGCUGCUGCUGAUGAUGUCGAAACGGAGAGUGGACUCCUACCUGAUGUUUGAGAACACACACAUCUCCAAAAAUAAACCGCAGAUGAAGACAGACUCCAACCGUCAGUGUGCUGCACGCUAGCUCACUGCCAAAAAACUCAACAUUUACACCUCAUUUAAGAUUGAUUCUGUUUAUUUGAUCUGACUGCAGCAGGAUUCAGCUCAUUAUAUAUUACUUUAUUUAUCAUUUGUUAGGUUUUGGUCUACAGCUGUAACUACAUUAACUGAUUGAACUACAGGUUAGACUUAGUUUUGAGUCAGUUUUUAAGAAGGAAAAAGGCCCAAAUUCUCUUUUUCCAGGUUUUUAAAUGUGAAUAUUUUCUGUUUUCUGCAGAAGUAGUUAAAGUAUUAACUAUAUGAACUUAAGUAGAAGUUCAGAUGCUACUAAUAUAAC